UCUGAAUGUUGCAGUAAGUACGAGCAGAGUACACGUUAACCCAGUUCUUUGUUGUCCACAGACAGUAAAAUAUCAUAAUCAGCACAUGAGAAGAUUUUAUUUACAAGACAGUUUGAUCACUUCUCUCAUCUAGACAUCAGACAUGGCAGAAUUUCAAGCUUCCUCUUUUUGGAAUGAGAAGCAGAGCUCACGGGGAAAACAUCUGGAUGAAAUCAGAAGAACCAUUAAACCAAUAAAAGGAUCCCUCACAAGAUAUAUUAUAGAUACAAGAACUCUAAUUGAUGGAGAAAGACUGAAGAGAGAGGCUUUUGGAGAAAAAGACAAGAGAAAACCUCAUAAAACCAUAUUAAUGGUUGGAGAAACAGGAACAGGGAAGUCUACUCUCAUCAAUGCUAUUGUUAACCACAUGCUGAAUGUCAAAUGUAAUGACAGAAUCUGGUGUGAGAUCAUAGAGACGAAAGAAAGCCAAACUAAAUCUCAGACAAAUGCAGUGACUGUGUAUGAUGUGUUUGUUGAGGAGAGUCCGUUCUCUCUCAGCAUCAUUGACACACCUGGAUAUGGAGACACUAAAGGGACUAAGAAGGAUUUAAUUAUUGCUGAAACUCUACACGAGUUAUUCAGAUCCAAAGAUGGAGUACAUGAAGUUGAUGCAGUCUGUUUUGUGGUGUCAUCAAACACAACUCGACUCACAGACAGACAGCUGUAUGUUUUUGAUUCCAUUCUCUCUUUAUUCAGUAAUGAUGUGGAGAGAAACAUUGUUGUGCUCAUCACUCACGCCCCCAAAAACCCAACAAAUGCCCUUAAAGCCAUCAAAGAAUCAAAAGUCAGAUGUGCUAAAAAUGAUGAUGGCAAGCCUGUGUACUUCAGCUUUGACAACUCUCACUGUGAAGACUUUCACAAUGAUGAUGAUGAUCAGACAGAAGAUGAGGAAGAAUACAACAAAUUGGCAUGGGAUAAAAAUAAGAAAAACAUGAAAAACUUUUUCGCUUUUCUGAAUGACUGUAAAACUGUGAGUCUGAAGAUGACUGAAAGUGUGCUGAGACUCCGCAAACAACUCACAGCAUCCAUCAAUAACUUAAAGGAUCGCAUCCAACUGUCAGAAUUAAGAAAAAAGGAGUUUCAACAGACAAAAGCAGCUUUGGAGGAACAUGAGAAAGAAAUGAAGGACAACAAUAACUUUGAAUUUGUAGUUGAUGAAGCCUACAAAGAAAAGAUUCCAAUAGAGUCUAAGUGGUGGCACUUGAGCAAAGAGGCGACUUGCUGCAGAGUGUGUGAGGAGAACUGUCAUUAUCCUGGAUGCUGGUGGGUCAGAGAUCUCUCACAGUGCAGCGUCAUGUCAAAUGGAAAGUGCACGGCUUGCACGGGAAGGUGUGACCACAGUUACCAUAUUAAAGAGAGGAAAAUCUAUGUUUUGAAAACAAGAAAGGUGACGAAGACUAAAGAAGAUCUGAAACGGAAAUAUGAGAAAGAAUCUGGAGAGAUAAUGAGUUUGAUAAGAAUACUGGAGAAUGAAAUAAAGUUAAAUGAAAGAGAGAAAACCAGGCUGGUGGAAGAGUGUUAUCAGUGUGUUGUCACUCUGGAGGAUAUUGCCUUAAACACUGACUCUGCGUCUACUCUGCAUCAUCUGGACUUCCUAAUUGAGAAAGUGAAUGAAACAGGAAAACCAGAGAGAGUUCAGAAACUUCAAGAACUGAAGAAAAGAGCUGAAGCUGCAAAUGAGGGGCUGCUCAAUAUGUUGGAAAACCUAUAUUAAAUGAGCAUAUUGCUCUGCUUUCAAAUGAACAAACACACAUAGAAAAGCAAAAAAUCUAAAGUAGUUCUAGGUAAAAUUAUUUUCCCCACACAGGAGGAAUAAAUAGCAUAUAUUCUGAUGAGCUGAAGAAUGAUAUAAAAGAACAAGAAAAAGAAAAAGAAAAAAGCGUGGUGGAAAAUGUUAUCAGUUUGUCAUUCUGAAAGAGAUUCCCUUAAAACUUACAGUUAUGUCUACACUUCUGUAUCUGGACUUCUUGAUUGAAAGAGAAAGAAGUAUGAAAAAGAGACUAUCUUUAAAGUUUGACGAACUGAUGAAAUUAUGUGAGGAUUCCUACAGAAUUUACACAGCUGGCAGAUGUAAGACAGUGUUAGUAACACAACAGAAUAAGACUGUAUUCCUCAAAUAAAAUCACAAACAAGAACAUUGGAAUGAUUCCCCUGUGAAUUUCUGUCCAACCUUAAUGAAGAAUACAGUGUUCUGUUUAAAUGCUUUUAAAAAUCUUAUAGUAAUCUGGUUGCAACAAUAUAGUAACAUUUAUUAAAAUUUUCCCCAUCAAAGACCCGCCCUCUAGCUGUUAGCAGACUAGCAAAUUGUCCAGCAUUAUCUAUAGAGAAUAAUUAAAUCAAGCUUAAUUUGCUUUUUUUUUUUUUAUUUUACUUUCUUUUUUAGUUUCAGUGGGGCAAUUAACACAUCCCUGUUUUAUGUUUCUCUGUUAGUCAUGUCUUUAUAUUACACAAUUUGUUUUUUACUUUAAGCUUCUUGUGUUUAAAUAUUUUUUGUUCUUUCUUUUAGUUGAACGUUUUUGUUAUAUAGUCUUAUUUCAUUCCUAUCUUUAUAUCGCAUUAUAUUUUUCAGUUUAAGCACCUUUUACUCAUUCAAUUAGCAUGCACCUGUUUUUUUUCACAUUUCAUCCUAUCUUUAUAUUAUGGCAUAUUAUUCUGUUUAUGCUUUUUUGCUUAUGCUUUUUUAUUUAGUAAGACAGUAAUGAUAUCACUGUUUUAUUUGCCUACUUUGUUCUAUUUUUUAUAUUAUGAUAUAUUUUUCUGUUAACAUUUUUUCCUUCUAUACUUUUUAUAUUUUUUAUGUGAGACAGUUAGCAUAUACCUGUUUUAUUUUGGUAUUUUGUUCCUUUCAUCAUAGAAUACAAUAUAUUUUACAGUUCAAGCUUCUUUAGCUUACAUAUUAGUGGAACUGUUAACAUAUUUGUGUUUUAUUUUCCUAUUUUUUUCUGUCUUUAUUUUACAUUUUAUUUUUCAUUUCCCCAA